AUGGAGGUCCUGAACAAUGCUUUCGAACCUGUUGGAUUCCAGUUCAAUCUUGUAAACACGACGCGCACGAUCAACGAGUAUUGGUACAACAAUCUCUUAGAAGCACGUCCGUCUGAACGAGAAGUCUCGGCAGCUCUGCGGCAGGGCGAUCUCGCUACACUAAACAUAUACAGUAUGGGUGUCGUCAACACGACAGAGACUGCCUGGGCAACGCUCCCUGCCUCGCAGGCAUCUUACGAUGGCGUCUUCCAGAACAACACAGCAUUUCUAGGGGGCAGUCGCCCUCUCAAUGAGGGAAUUACGCUUGUUCACGAAGUUGGUCAUUGGUGUGGUCUCUACCAUGUCUUCAACUUUGGCUGCGCUGUGAGCUACGACUACGUCGCAGACACGCCAAACCAGCAAGCACCCGAGGUCUCGGGUGAAUGCGACAUCGGACGCGACUCCUGCCCUGACCAGCCUGGUUUAGAUUCCAUACAUAACUACAUGUCGUACUCGGCCGACUAUUGCCGGUACGAAUUCACGCCCGGACAAAUCCAGAGGAUGCGAGAGCAGAUGGCCAAAUUCCGUGGUGUCGUGUAUCCUGGCAUUGACGUUGACAACAUCCCUGAAGACUCGAUUGAGAUUCCGCCUCCAGAAGAGUAG